AUGAGGGGAUCCUCACUGUUUGGGCCUGCGACGGCUGGCUUCGCAGCAGGCCUCCGCCUUUCGCCAUUACUCCUUUCUAGUCUCGCGUCGGCCUUGACUUUUCAGUCCGUUUCUGAACCGGAGUUGGAUCUUUCGCCAUUGGGUCAUAUUGCGCUUACCGGAGACUUCGAUGCACUGGCCUAUUACCAAUAUACCGCGCAGACUAACACAUCGACCGGAGACAAUGAUGCGCAAGCACUCUUGACCCCUCUUCCAAACGGGAUUCUUACGACCCUGUCGACCUCAAAUGCAGACAUUCGCGCAAUGUGCCCAUUUACGCAGGAGGAUGGAACGUUUUCGGGCAUCUUCGUGGGAGGCAACUUUACCAGCCUCGGCGGGGUCAAAUCGGAGGGUGUCGCGCUAUAUCAUCCGUCUACGAAUCAAGUCACUUCGUUAUCGGGUCUUUCGGGAUCAGUCUCUGCCUUGCUGUGCGAUCAAGAAACCAAUAGCGUUUACGUCGGAGGAAAUUUCACCUAUUACAACACCUCAAACGCCGUGGCCUGGGUUGGCACCUCUGGCUGGUCCAAUUUGACUUUUGGUGGUUUCAAUGGCCCGGUUUCGUCGAUCUUGAAGGAUAGCGACGGUAAUAUUGUCUUUGGUGGCUUCUUUGAUGGCAUCGGCAACUCUACGUCGAGCAAGAAGGGUGAACAGGUCAUCAAUCUUCAGAAUGCCACAAUCACUUCCGAUGCAAAUUCUACAGCCAGUGGCUUUGUCGACCCCCGCAAUAUCGUUUGUCAGUCGAGUGGUGAGGAUGGCGCAGGAAAGACAUGGUUACUGGAUGACUACUCACCUGGCUACUGGCGCGCCGAUAUGCAAUUUGAAUAUACGCCUACCAAGCUCAGACUGUACAACACACACUACGAGGGACGGGGCACAAAAACGUUCCUAUUCAGACGCCUGCCCGACAACGGAAUCAUGAACUUGACGUACACGGAUCCGGAUACGGGAAACGCUGCCUACUGCGACCAGAGUUGCUCGCUUUCCAGCAAUGCGACUGAGAAAUAUCGUGAAUUCACGUUUGUUAACCACGCCGCAAUGAGUGGUUUCGAGAUUGAGAUCCUGGAUUGGUAUGGCAAGGGCGCCGGCUUGAAUGGUAUCGAACUUCUCGAAGACAACAUCUUUGCCUACGCGAUUAACGCUUUCAACGAGCCAACGUGCGCGAACUCCAGCUAUCCAUCAAAGUCAACACGUACCGGGUCUUGGUCUGCGACAGCUUCGGGUCAAAGCUCUUCGGCGUACUUGACUGCCGAAGUUACAAAUUCGAACGCAACUGAAGCUUCGGUUGUCUUUGAGCCCGACGUCAAGCAUUCAGGCAAUUACUCGAUCAAAUUAUAUACGCCUGGGUGCGAUCAGGACGAUACUUGCAGUUCUCGCGGUAUUGUCAAUGUGACGGUCACUGCCUCAAGCGAUUCUUCGGAGCCUGUUCAAACUCUCGUCUAUCAGACGAAUGAGUACGAAAAAUACGAUACGAUUUACACUGGUCAUGUGGAUGCAAGCGAUAGCUCGUUUCGUCCGCGUGUCAAGCUCACCCCAGUAGCAAACCAAGGCGACAUCACUGUGGUGGCAUCUCGAGUUCAGUUUGUCGCAAUCUCCGUGUCGGGCAUUUCGGAUGACCAGCUGAACGGCUUGUACGAGUACGACCCGACCACAAAGAAGGGCACAAACGUUUCCGUGUCGGCCAUCGAUCAAGCAGGUCUUGCUCUGGACUCAGAAGCAUCAAUCACCAGUUUAGCUAGCCAUGGCAGUACUAUCUACGUCGGAGGCAACUUUUCGAGUUCCAGCAUCAACAAUAUCAUGUACAUCGCACAAGACGGAAACGCCACGGCAAUGCCCAAAAGUGGGUUGAAUUCCGGAGUCAACGCCUUAACGACACUGGACAAUGUCCUCUACGUCGGUGGUAAUUUCACCGAUACAUCCGACGGUGGAAAUGAAGGCCUGAGCUAUGUGGCAGCGUACUCAUUUGGCACUAAAGCAUGGUCUGCUCUCGGAGGGGGCGUCAAUGGUCGAGUGACCAGCGUCGUUGCUCUUUCGCUGAACAUUUCUGCGGACCUCAACGAAACUGUUGUAGGUGUCAGCGGCGAGUUCGAUCAGUUACUUAGCUUCGAACAAACGUCGUCCACAAAUGUGUCAGGCUUUGCUGUCUGGGUGCCGUCGCGCAAGAAUUGGUUACCAAACUUGAAUGUCAGUCAGUUGGAGUUUGCUGGACAGCUGUCCGCUUACGCCAAGGUUGACAACACCACAAUUCUUGCGGGUAGCCUCUCCACUGGUGGCCUUGCUGCUGCUGGUGCUGCUGCCCUUCUCUAUGACGAUGAUCUCGGUCUUGAAGCACUGCUGACUGAUCGCAACACAACCGGCGAAACAUUCACCGGGAUCUUUGAUACAAGCUCUAGUCGGAAUCGCACUAUCCUAGGAGGUCACUUCUCCACAAACGCUACUAAUGGAUCGGUGAUCGAGAACUUCGCCAUUAUCGACGGCCGCGAUGGCAGUAUCAGCGGGCUCGGAGCAGGUGUCGACAGCAACUCUACCUUCCUAACCUUUAUGAUUUCCGACGAAGUCCUCUACGCAGGUGGUAAUAUCACUGGAAAAGUAGGCAGUUCAACAUUGAAUGGGUUUGUCUUGUACAAUCUCAACAAUGACACGUUUGUCAAGAAUCAGCCACCACGACUCACGGGUCAUGGUGUGUCAGUCAACGCGAUUGCUGCACGGCCGAGCGCGAAGGAAGUAUACUUCGGAGGACAGUUCCAGACUGCGGGGGCGCUUCCUUGUCCUGGUGUUUGUUUCUGGGACACCUCUGAUCAGCAAUGGAAUCGACCGGGGGCCAGCUUGGAUGGAACGGUUUUGGCCCUUGAAUGGCUUAGCAACAAGCAGCUACUGGCGGUUGGCAACUUGAGUGUCAACGGGAAUCAGACUGCGAUCGCAACAUAUAAACCCAAGGGUCAAACCUGGACUGCCUUUUCAGGCGCUUCUUCGUCGGAACUUCCAGGCACCGUCACAGCAUUCACUCCUGCCAACAGCGCGGUGUCCAAGUUCUGGCUCGGUGGCACCUACAACAACGGAUCUAGUUUCUUGGCCGCCUACGAUGGGUCCAGCUUCCAGUUUGUCCGCAACGCCUUCGACAAGGGGACUAUCAUCCGUGGUCUUGAGAUCCUUCCGCUUUCGAAGAACCAUGAUGCUGUUAGCACUCUCAAUGAUGAUCAGACUCUCCUCGUCACCGGCCAUCUGGUGAUCCCGGAUUUCGGCAAUGCCUCGGCUGCCUUGUUCAAUGGGACUACAGCGACGCCUUUUAUCCUGUCCACCAAGUCCAACGGCGAAGCAGGCAGCAUGUCCCAAGUGUUCUUUGAGAAUAAGAACCCGUACACCAGUGGAGGCAAACACCUCUCCAACGGCAUCGUUGUGCUCAUCUCCUUCUGCCUGGCACUCGGCUGCGUCUUUCUGAUUGUUAUCUGCGGAGUCAUCUUCAAUAAGAUCCAGCGCCGUCGCCAGGGCUACAUGCGGGCUCCCCAGGCCGUGGGGACCGAUCGACCAUCCAACAUGCGGAGACUCCCUCCAGAGUAUCUGUUCAACUCGAUCAAGCAGCCCAACCCAGCCGCCCCAACAAUAUGA